CCAAAUAAUCAAACAAAAUUGAAAGCUCCCCCAUCAAAAUACAUAACCACAAGUUGGUUCGAUUUAAAGAAGCUUAUCGGAAUCCGUUGCCGGAAAUGGCCGCCGCCGUGCCGGAUAUGGCCCGCCGCCAUAAUAUAAGCCAAAUCCUGGUCGAUUUCGUCAAGUUGGCCGUGGGCUCCGCCAUCGACGGUUCCCGCAAAAUCAUCCCUGGUAGAAAACAGGCAGAUAAGAUGGUUUCGGAAGGGUUGAUAAAUAUACCCUUGCCAAACCGUUUAAAGACCAAGAAGAAACCUGAUUUAAAGGUUGCAAAUGACCUUCAUUUUGAAACAAACAUGGAGGAAGUGAAGGAAGACAUGAAUAAUAUAAAGCAGCACUACAAAACAUCAACCAGAAGUGUUGAAGAGUCACUGCCUCCAAACAAAUCAGAUGAUGGUUCUAAGGAAAUAAAUCUUGUGCAGAAAAAUGGAAGGAGAGUAUUCAUUCGGUCUCGUCUAUAGAAUGUAAUUUACUUAAUAACACAAGAGAUUGAACAUAUCUAUGAAGAUAGUGCAACAUAAUAUGUGCUUUGUUUUUUGUUUUCCCUCCUCUCACUUGAGGUGUAGUGAGUAGAUACUACCAGGUCCUAGAACUUGUUCAAUCCAACAUUAUUAAUGAUAAUCUAUUUUU